AUGCCGCGGCAGGACUCUCUUGCAGAACGUACAAGCCUUUUUUAUUUUUUUAUUUGUUUUAUAUCCGUGUGCAGAGAAUUUGAGGAACUCGAACAUACGACUGGCGGCACAGAGGAGCCGCUGAGCCUGAAGCAGAAGGUCGCCUCACAGUUGGAGCACUACUUGUCUGAAGGACACCUGGCCCAGGACGGCUUCCUCCUGAAGCACGUGCAGAGGAACAAGCUGCGUUACGUGAGCCUCAAGCUCCUCACGUCUUUCAGCAAGAUCAGGGAGCUGACCAGAGACUGGCGCGUGACGGCCUCCGCCGCCCACUCCUCGCCGCUCCUACAGCUCAACGCCGAAGGAACCAAGGUGCGUCGCGUGGAACCGCCGCCGGCGUGGCUGCUCGCCGCGCCGACCAGCAGGCUGCUGCUGGCGUGGAACCUCCCAAGCCUGCAGCCCAGAGGGGUCCCGCAGGAACCCCCAGAACCCCAAGAGCCGCCCGGACUCCUGGAGACCGUCCUGAGGGUCUUCGGCAUCUACGGCGACGUCACCUCGGUCCGCGUGCUGCACCCCGGUAAGGCGGUCCCCCUGGACCUGCGGCCCCACGCCCGGACCCACCGGGAGCUGGGCCGCAGCCUGUGCGCCGUGGUGGAAUUCCACUCCCUGGAGGGGUCCCGCCGGGCCCACCGCGCGCUGGCGGCGGAGGAGGGGGGGCCUCUGAAGGCCCGUCCAGGAGAGGAGCGGAGGAACCCGGAACGUUCUACCAGGGGCGGUCCCGAUUCGGGUUCAACGCACCCGCUCAGAAGGCCCAACCCCCGGUUCCCCGGGCCGUUUCCCCGGGGCCCCGCCCAGCGCCCCAAGGCCCCUCCCCUGGUAGACCGGAACCCGGUACAGCAGCCCCCCGGCUCCUCUGGGGACACGGGGGCCCCUGCUGUGGUUCCGUGGGUCCAGAGGCGAAAGGUCGCGGCGGGCGACGCCCACGGCGGGAAGGGCGGGAAGAAGGCGGCGCCCCAGAGAACCUUACGUCCUCCCGCGGGCCCCGACGGCACCGCGGGGUUCCUGCGCGGGGGCCGAGGCCGGGGGAGACCCCCUCAAGCGGGAUCAUUCGUCGUGCCUUACUACCAGUAG